AUGUCGUCCCCACCCUCUCUUCCCCGAACAGGCUCGUGGACCGGCCAUCCAUCACGCCCGAAGCGUGUGAUGCCGCCGUCGGGCCAGGCCGCUGCGGCCGGGCCCAGCGAGGCGGAACUCGAAGCCGCACGGAACGCCAACAUCACGCUAUGGACCCUCUACGCCAUUGGUGUUCUCGUCACGGUCCUCAGGACUUACGCCCGCCUGAAAUUGGCGGGCUGGAAGCGCUUCCAGGCCGACGACUACCUCGUGUGGGUUGCGGUGCUGCUGUACUCGGCGCAGACGACGCUGGGGUAUGAAGUCGGCAACCUCGCCCAUGGACUGGCCAACAACGGCAUGACCGACGCCCAGCGGGCUUUGCUGUCGCCGGACGACCCCGAAUUCGGGCUGAGGGUGCUCGGCUCCAAGAUCCAGGUGGCUGGCUGGUCGUGCUACUCGACGCUGAUGCUCGUUCUGAAGUUCGCCAUGCUGUCCUUCUAUCUGCGACUUACCAGCGGGCUGGAUCGCUACCGCGUGCGUGUCUAUGGCGGAUUCGCUCUCGUCCUGGCAGGCUACCUUGCCUCGAUCGGCGCCGUGUUCCUUGGCUGCAUGCCCUUCCACCAGUAUUGGCAAAUCAACCCAGACCCGGGGAACUUCUGCCAGGCCGCCGUGUCGAAACCAAUCGUCUGGUCUAGCUUCGCCGCGAACAUCUUGACGGAUAUAUACCUCAUCAUGAUCCCCCUUCCCCUUCUCUGGGGAUCGGGCCUGCGCCUCAUCGAGAAGAUCGCCUCUUCGAUUGUGCUCGGCGCCGGUAUCUUCGUCCUCGUCUGCGCCACCAUAAAGACGGUCUUUGUGUUUUCCGAUGACGCAAAUGGCGCCGAGCUUGCCGGCGAGUGGGGGACUCGGGAGGCCUUCGUGGCCGUCGUGACUACCAACCUCCCGAUGGUGUUCCCUCUCUUCAGGGUGUGGCUCAAGCCGCUUUUCAGCACCGUGAUGCGCAGCAGUGACAACAGACUCAAGACGCCCGAGGGCUUCCGAAGCAUCGGCGGCGGAGGCGGUGACGGCUCGCGCGGCAACGCCCGCCGCGGACCACACCGCUCCAAGGGCCCCAACCCGCUCACCAACGUGUCCUUCGGGUCGAGCGAGGAACGCAUCGUGAACGAGAUGAAACUGCAGGACAUGAAGGCUACCGCGUCCACAGCGCCAGAAAGCCAACCGGAGACCAGCGGCAUCGUGGUCAGGACGGAGUUCGACCUCUCCGAAGACAGGAGCAGUCAUUACCAGGAACGAAAUGUGGCCCGCAUCCAAGAAAAUUGGUAGCGGACGGAAGGGACUGCGCCACUGCAGACUUGUAAGCUAUGCCGGGUGUGCUAGGUAGCAUUAGACGGGUAAAAACAACGCGAUUCCCUUGUUGGCGGCCC